UCAUGAAGGAGCUUGAGUGGCUAACAACUUUCCUCUGCCUACAUCUCCCAUAAUUCUGUGCUGUCCAAUAUACUGAAUAUUCUAUCAGAUGUUCUAUGUAUUGAUAUUUGAGCCCAGGACCGUCUUUCUUUAAGGCCCCAGGAGUUACCUCACCUCCACCAUGACUGAUCGCUUCGACUGCUACUACUGCCGCGACAACCUGCACGGCAAGAAGUACGUGAAGAAGGACGAGAAGCACGUUUGCACCAAGUGCUUCGACAAACUCUGCGCCAACACCUGUGCAGAGUGCAAACGCCCAAUCGGAGCUGACUCAAAGGAGCUCCACCAUAAGAACCGCCAUUGGCAUGAGGAUUGUUUCCGAUGCGCCAAAUGCUACAAGCCUCUGGCUAACGAGCCGUUUAGCGCCCGAGACGAUGGCAAGAUCAUGUGUGGGAAGUGCGGCUCCAGGGAGGACGGCAACCGCUGCCAGGGCUGCUACAAGGUGGUGAUGCCAGGGUCGCAGAACGUGGAGUAUAAGAACAAGGUGUGGCACGACGAAUGCUUCACCUGCUUCGAGUGCAAGCAGCCAAUCCGCACGCAGAGCUUCCUGGCCAGAGGCGAUGACAUCUACUGCGCUCCGUGCCACGAGAAGAAGUUUGCCAAGAAAUGCUUCAAGUGCAAGCAGCCCAUCACCUCUGGAGGGAUCAGCUACCAGGACCAGCCCUGGCACUCGGAGUGCUUUGUGUGCGAGACGUGCCGUAAACCUCUGGCAGGGACGCGCUUCACCUCCCACGAGGAUCUCGUUUACUGUGUGGACUGCUACAAGACCGACGUGGCCAAGAAGUGCCACGGCUGCAAGAACCCAAUCACAGGGUUCGGUCAUGGCACCAACGUGGUGAACUACGAGGGAUUCUCCUGGCACGAGUAUUGCUUCACCUGCAAGAAAUGCUCCCUGUCCCUCGCCAACAAGCGCUUCGUCAUCAACGCAGAGCAAAUCUACUGCCCCGACUGCGCCAAGAAGCUGUAAACAGAAGAUUCCCGAGGAAACCGAUUUGUAUGGAAGACAAUUAGAGCCGCUGAGAAAAAUGAAUUUUGUCUCAUAAUUUUGUCAAAAUCUAAAUAUCCAAACAUUCUUAAAUGUUUAACUAUGUUAGUAUAUAAAAAUAUUCUUAUGAGAUUAAGCCUGUCACAGAUUUGACAGAUUUUAAUUUUAAGACUAGAAUUGCAAAGACAAUUUGCAAAUUUCAAACAAAUUUUCAACUUUCAGAGCACAAGAAAUGUCCCAGUUUUUUUUUUCUAAAACAUUUCUGAGAUUCUAAAAGUGAGAAUUUCUGAGGGAACUUUUUAAAAAAGAAGUCAGAUAUUUUUGUGUGGCCCUAAUUCUCUUCUGCAGCUUUGAGUUUAGUUUGAGACUCACACCGAAUUACUUCAGAAUUAGGAUGCAUGCUGAUUUUUUUGUUGUUUUUUGGUGAAUUCAGAUGAGACUCGAGGUUUCUGCUUUUGCACUAAAGUUUCCAAUCUUCAGCAAUGCAACAUGUCUCAGUUUCUGGAGUUUGUCUCCAAUAUGGCAGCAGAAUUUACAAAGUGGGAUUAAAAUCUGAUGUUUUUAGGGAUUCUGUUGCCUUGUGCUUCUAAUGCAACUUUAGUGCCUUAAAGGAAUCGUUUCUGGAUUAAAUGCUUUUAUUCAGUUGCUGCUCAAGCGUAACAGCUUUGAUUAAUGUUACAUGUUAAGACUUUUUGGCACAUAAAAUAUGCCAUGGCUUUGUGAUCCAUGCUGAAUAAUCUCACGAGGUAUUUGGGCCAUUGUGGAUUAAAAAAAAGGUAAAUUUCUACCAAAAACUGUGAAAUUUCAGAUUAAUCUCACAAUUGAGAUUUCUAAAACAUGAAAUUUCUAGAAUUUUUAAUUUUUUUUUUAAUUUCUGAGUUUCAAAAGUGAAAAAGAUUUUUGAAACUGAAAAUCUCCAAAAGUAAAAAAAAAUGUUUGCCUUUUGAAACUUGGACAUUUAUAAGUGUUUUCCUAGAAAAUUUGUCUCAAAAAUCAACUCUUCCAGCAAUUUUUCUUUUUUUCAAGCAAAGAAUUUUUCUAGUUUCUUUUCUAGAAAAUUUCUGAUUAAUCUAAAAAUUGCUGAGUUUUUUUUUGUAGCAAAUUUUUGACUUUUGGAGCUCAAGAAAUUUCUAGGGUUUUUUUUCUAGAAAAUUUCUGAGAUUAAUCUAAACAAUUUUAAAGGUUUUUGGCAAAAAUUUACUUUUUUCUCCCAUCAAUAAUAGCCCUUAAACGCCAUCGUAGGAUAAUAAACCUGUUGCGUAGUUAAAACUUGAGGCUUAAAGGAAACAAAUAAAGGAUGUAUAGACGUCA